GCAAAGUUAGCUGAGGCAGAGGUAUAUAUAUAACAGGUAAAACAUAGAAUAAAACACAAGCAAUUUCAUAAUUAAUUUCACUCUACACCACGAAGAAAUAUUGGAAUUAUGAAUGAUGUUUAGAAUAACAUAGCGAAAGUGGAUUUUACAUGUGACAGUUCACGCUAGUUAUCAUGAUGCAGGUACAAAAUUUCAGUGUUGACACUUUUAUCUUGGAUGGGGUCGGUAACUUUACGUCUAAUAUGACUACCUUGGAUGAAGGUGCCAGAAAUCUUACGGUCGUCUUGGUGGAGAUCAUCGUCAUGGUUGUUAUCAUGGUCAGUACAAUCGUCGGCAAUGCCUGUGUAUGUUGGAUUAUACACACGCAUUCUGAUCUACAUACACUUCCCAACAAAUUCGUGUUGAAUCUGGCCUGGUGCGAUCUCCUUACUGCUGUCGUUAACGGUCCUUUCACCAUCAGUGUGCUCAUUCACGGUGAUUGGAUCAUGGGCGACGUCAUGUGUCAGAUUAACGGCUUCACCACCACACUCUUCGGCAUCGCCAGUGUUGUUUGCCUUGCUGUCAUCUCAGUCAAUCGGUGUUGUAUGAUCGUCUAUACCUCAAAAUGCUCUAGCUGGUUUACGGUGAAGACAACAUAUAUGCUAAUCAUAGCGACCUGGGUCUUUUCCGCAGCAUGUGCUUUCCCGCCGAUGGUUGGUUGGUCGAGGUACACAUUCAUCAAAGGCAAGGCUAUAUGUACCCUUAAAUGGUCAACGGAGAUUGGCUACACGCUACUGGUGCUUAUCAUGGGCGUCUUUCUUCCAUUUUGUGUCAUGACAAUCUCAUACUACAAAAUAUUCAAUAAAGUGCGAGAGUCGAAAAGACGAAUCGCUCUACAGAUGGACAAGUCAAUGGUGACCAACAAGUUUUCCUAUGAACUGAGUAACAACGCUUCUGGGUCGAGUGCGAGCAGAAAGCAAUCCAGUUCCGUAGCUAGACUCGUACCUAACGGGACGACAGAGACUGUGUAUAUUCCAACUAUCAAAGUUUCUUCAGAAAUGGACGUUGAUGUGGAAGAAGAGAGGGAGGAAUGUGACUUUGACAACGAAGAUAUGGAAGCCCCUAAUGGAAGCGCAGUGAAGCAAAAAUUGUUAUUUGUAGGGAUCAACAAUAGAAAUGGAAUUCAUUUAGGGGAUAAAUUGAGAAAAGAGACCAGUAUGGACAGCUACCUCUCGUCGACGGGUUCGGAUUUGGCUCAGAGUGACUGCCAACAGUUUGAAUGGGAAACGGAGUCAGCCCCCGGCGAACUUACUCCACGAAAAUAUAGUCUGAAUUCGUUAAAUAGUCAACUAAGUAAUGCAGAUAGUAACGAUAGUGUGAUACCAGUGAACAAGAGCGUACAAUUUCUCAAAACUGGUGAUGAGAAUAAAAAACGGCGAGGAAGUAUACUUAGUCUUAGUCUACCUUCUCCAAGUAGGACAUUUCUAGCGCUACAGGACAAAUUCAAAAGGACAAACUUUAAGAGCGACGAGCUACGGAUAACAAUCACGUUGCUUGUCGUAUGCUUUGUAUUCCUCGUAUGUUGGGCACCUAUCAGCCUUGUUAAUUUCGUAGAAACAUUCUGGAACUAUAGAAUUCCCGAAGGGGUUGACAUUACCACGGUGUAUAUGGUGUUCCUUCAAUGUGCUCUCAAUCCUAUCAUAUAUGGUGUCAUGAACCGGAACUUCCGGUCUGGAUUCAAUGACAUUUUCUGUUGCUGUUGUGAUAGAUUAAAAAGGAAAGAAUCGACAAAAAUGAGCAUAUCGCGUCCAUAGUGGACAAAAUUCAAAAUUGUUUAUGUAGCGGAUGUUGUAUUGUAAUUUAUUGAAUCGAAAUCAUUUAUAGU